UGGCACCGCCUCCUCUGCAGCCCCCGCCCACAGACCCACCUCUUCCAUAAGCUCCACCCAUAAUGUAUAUAGAUCCACAUCCUCCAUAGAUCCCGUCCCUAGACCCAGUGGAGACGGUGGUAUGAUGGGCGGGGCUAGGGGUGGAGCCUCCGGAGCUGUCUGUAGUCCCGCCCACUCCACAGGCCCCUCCUCCGCUCCGUGCUCCCCGUCACUGCAGUUCUCGCUCUGCUUCUCGGCGGCGCAGCGGACCGUCACGCUCACGUUGCUGGGCCUCAGUGGCGCCGCCUGCCGGCUGGGCACGGUGACUGUGCUGGCCCGGCUGCCCCCGGCGCGGCCACUCCCGGCAGAGGUGAGCGCGCGCCACCGCAGCCUGAGCCCCGAGCUGCACGGGCCCGACCUGGAGCUGGCCGUCUCCUCGCUGGAGGAGCUCCGCACGAGUGUGCUCAGGCUGGACGUCUUCUCCCAGGACCUGCCUGGACAUACACACACACAGACACGCACACACACGCACACACUCGCCCCGCUGGGGCAGCUGGAGCUGGCCUGCAGCGAACUGGCCUGGGAGCCAGAGAUGGCCCUUACCUGCACGAGACAACUUAGGCCCCUCAGAGGCAACACACAGAGAUGGUUUUCCCAUGAUGCCGUUGGGGGAGGGCAGACCCUGCCUCAGCUCUUCAUCCUCAUGCAGUACCAGUCUCUGCCUCACUGCCUCAAAGUCAUGGUUCUAAAGGCAGAGAACCUCUCCACCGGCACAGGAACACAAGACCACCAUGUGGUGGUGAAUCUGCGACACGCAGGAGUGGUGAUGUCUUCUCAAGCUACCCAGGGGGCCGCUGGGCAGACUACUGUCUGGAACUCUACCUUCCUGUUCGACCUGCCGCCCGGAGAUGUCGCGCAGCUGCCACUGGUCCUGGAGUUCAUUCUCAUCAAGGGUUGCCUAUAUUCAACGAGCAAUAUCGUGGGACGCAUUGUGAUUGGCCAGGAGGCUGAGGAGGCGGGGCAAGCACACUGGAGAGACAUGUGCAACAUGAGCCAAGUGGAAGUUGCCCGAUGGCAUGUCAUCCAAUAAGAAGCGCUAUAGGAUGCAUCUCAUCAAUCAUCCAAUAAGAAACUGAAUGAAACUGUAAGUAGCAGUCCAUAAUGGAGAGUGUUCAGUGGAACCUGGAGCAUCUUCUAAAGAGAACUAAAAUUGUGUUCAGUGGAACCUGGCGCACCUUCUGAAGAGAACUAAAAUUGUGUUCAGUGGAACCUGGAGCACCUUCUGAAGAGAACUAAAAUUGUGUUCAGUGGAACCUGGAGUAUUUUUGGAGGAAACCUAAAAUUGUGUUCAAUUAAACCUAGAGUACCUUCUCAAGAAAACCAGCAUUAUUAUCAGUUGAAUCUGAAUAUUUUCUGAAGAGAACUAAAAUUGUGUUCAGUAGAAACUGGAGUACUUGCUGAAGGAACUGGUAAAAAAUAAACUUUUCAAUUGUUUAUAGCUAAGGCUCUCACAUGUACUGUAGACAGGUAAAACAUAUCUAUUCUGAUUAUCUAGUAUGUGUGUCUGCACUUGCAUAGUUGACUGUGUGCGUGUUAUUAUUUGGAUUGUAUACAUUUACAUAUUGUUUGUAAUGUAGGGGAUUCCUGAUCAUCAGUUAUUUGGUUGUUUUAGUCUAACGUCUAAGUCAUUUCCAGGUGUAAAUUAAUUUACUAGCGCAGCCACAAUCUGUGAGCCUUUUCACCAUGACCUCCUUUUAGUGAGGGAAAAAGAAAAAACUCUACAGAGAAAUUAUUAUAGCUGUGCAGCCAGAUGAUAUAAGCAAGGGUGAAGAUCAGGCCUCCAUGAAAAAUAGGAAUGAGCGUUUUGUUGUAGGCUACUCUGAACAGCAGGAAAAACUGUCUUUUAAUGUCUAUGGAAAACAAUUAGUUGCUCUGGGCCCAGUAGAGUACCGAAGUGUGUCUGUUUCCAUGACGGCAGUGUCAUACCCUGGAAAUCCAGAGUUCUCGCGAGACACUCUGGCAAUGAGCAAUGAUGCACGUUACUUUUACCCCUUGCAUACUGUGGAACCAAUGAAAUCGGCGGAGGAAACCCAUGCUAAAACUAGAUGUACCGCAUAGCGGUACAAAAUAUGACCGCCGCUCAGUCCUGUACAUCCGUUCCGCGAACAUAAAUCUCACUAAUCAAUUUGUAUACAUCUUCUACU